UCGUGCCCAGCAGAGUGUACUCGAACGGCGACCCGCGUGCGAAUCUAGCCCGAUAUAUCACAUCGAGUAGAAAUCUUCAGCGUUUUGGACUUCGACAACAACCGUGUGUGUGUGUGUGUCUCCUAACCUUUGCGAGUGUUGCGCGUAAACGCGACUGAAAGAUACGAAACGUUACGAUGUCGUUCAAGACGAUAUUCUACGUGUUUGCAGUCGUAGCAUUGGCCGCGAUCUGGUCGGCCGAGGCUCUACCACUGUCCACCGACGAUGUCACGWCACCAGCGAACGUCGAGGCUUCAUCAGAGGAGGUCGUUCAGAAGCAGGAACCCGAACGACAGCAAACGAAAGAGACGGAUACGUCGGUCCUUCAAACGGACGUGACCGAAUCGUCUCCAGAAGUGCAGCAGUCCGGUCAAACGGAAGAAGUUACAGUCGGAUCAGCAAGUCCAGUGGUUGUAACCGAYCCGGCCUUACCGGUUUCAAGCGAAAAAGCCGAAUCUGACGUUUCCCCCACAGCCACCAUGGGUGAACAAACGGACAGUGUAGUCGGAACAAACUCACCCAGCUCUGACGCCAAGCCUAACCCAUCUGUCCCCGUCCAGGGCCAAACUCCCAAGCCCUACAACACUGGUGGAGUGCAUACUGUGAAACUAGGACCCAACAUACCAUUCUUUUUUGAAUUUUUCCAGCCUUUCCAGUCUUUCCAGCCUUUAAUUUCCAACCAACAGCAACAACCGUUCAGGCAUCCACUGAUACCGUUCGGCGCUCCUAUCAAUCCAUUUGCAGCUCCCAUGAACGCCCAACCAUUCAAUCAGGUGUUUGAAGCGUACACUAACGAGUUCAAAACGCCCGAAGUCGUAAUAUUUAAACCGAAAAGAAAUACCCACGUUAACACAACCACAUUGCAACCCAUUCCGUUGCUAAUGAACAUCAUGCUUAACGCUUUUCGGAAUCAUGAGCCAUCAGGCAUGUUGGAAUCGUUUGACAAAAUGGGCUUGCCACCAAUGGAAAAUGUGGGAACCGCGCAAGAAGGCUCGAAUAAGCCARUAAGAAAGACUACAUCCAAGACCGAGAUCAUUGACGGACGCAGAGUACAAAUAAACGAGACAACGGUCAGCGACGGAGACGAAAACCACAAGAGUUUCUACCAUAUUAAAGAGAUCCAGAUACUGCCUGAAGGGAUAAACAAACAAAUCUCAAAUGAAAAACAGAUAUCGAUAACUAACAGCGAUUCGGAGACACAAAAAUUGGAKACAAAUGAAAUCAAACCCGUCCCGUCCGUUACAAUGCAGAAUYACGACGACCGGAAGAACUUUGUUAAAAAGACACCGGCCACACCCGUCUCGCUGGACGACCACUUCCAAACCGCCGCGGCCAGUUACUACGCGCCUUACGCUCCACUGUACGGAUCACGUCAUCAGCCGGCCGACCUUAUGCAGCAGAAACACUACCACCACGGAUCGUGGGCACCGAACCAGGGUUUUUAUCCAGCACCGAACCAAGGUUAUUACCCGGCACCGAACCAAGGUUAUUACCCAGCACCGAACCAAGGUUAUUACCCGGCACCGAACCAAGGAUUUUAUCCGGCACCGAAUAGGRUACCGUAUCCACCCAAUAACCACGGGUCUCGUCCGUCUCAACAGCCAAUCAGCUUGCAAGGCGACACUUUGGUCAACGAGCUAGUCGCGGCCCAACAGCAGUCGUCCGGUGGCACGGUGUUACCGCCCGACGUGGAGUUUGUCGACGUGAACGGUAAACCACAACCCAGUGGCCAGUAUCAUCACUACAAUAGUCACAUCAACAACAACAUAAUCAGUGACAACGGUAAUCGCGGUCAUGAAAAGUUUGCUGGCCGUAAGUACUGAUGACGGCGUCCAAUCUAACCGCGGUCGGCGUGCAAUGACUUUAAAAGUAUUAGGAUAUAAAACUAUAACUUAUAAUAUCGAAUUAUGUAGGUACCUACUAUUAGUUACUUUGUAGUAAACGCUCGUCUCUGCAUCGAGUAAAUUCCAGAGCCGUGGUAUCGAAUCGUUUUAUCGUUAAGAUAUGUCAUAAUGUUUUACUCGGUAUAACCUGUAUAACAUAAUUAUAUUAUUUAUAUAGACGUCCGCGUCAAAUGUAUUCCGUAUCCGAAGUCAUUGUYAUUAUCCUUUCGUUUGAUAUCUAUU